AUGGUACAGGAGCUCACCGAUGAAAAUCUCGGCCUGAUCCUCUCCUGCCUGACGCUACGGAGCCUGCCAAGCGCUGCUCGCGUCGCCAGGAGAUGGCGCGCUGCAUCGGCAUUGGGGUUUUCGAAGCUGCUCUGGAGGAAAGAAGCCCAGUACAGCGAGGUGAUGCUACCAGAUGGCAAACGACUGGGAGAUGGCUUUGUCACAUUUCUGGGUGAUGGCAGCGCUCUGGUUUUGGCGGCAUGUCACAAGGAGUCGAGAGUUUGGACUUAUUGGCUUCCCGAUGGAUCUACGCAGGUUCAGGAGAAGACGAGCCGGCAAUGGCCAUUUUCCAGGCUCCGCAGCGGCGUUGCCGGGCUCGUUGGGUAUGCGGGGCAGCAGAUCGCAUUCUUCCCUGCAGCAGCUGGGAGUUGCACAUGGUCAAGCAAGACGCAGGUCAUUGGCCGCACACAUCAGAAUAUACUACACUGUGGAGAGCAUCUGUUUCUUCUUUGCCACGGGAAUUGGUGGCAUGAUGAGCAGCUGUUUGCUGACGUUCUUGACAUGCGAGAGGGCACGUAUCAGAAGAUUGACAUCACCAAGAUGCGUGAUGACAUGGCGCAACUGCUGGGAGAUGACUCCGCCCGACGCCAAGCAGUGAGCUCGACAAGAGACCAUUUCGUCUUCCAUGUUAACACCUUCACCGGCAAGAAGAUUGCAGGGGCCGUUCGCAUCACAAAAACUGGAGGAGGAACAAGUUCGGCAGUCGAUGCCCCGUGCUCCAUGGCUCCUGUGAGCUUCGCGAAGAGCUGGGCGAGUGGAGAUUUGAUCGCGCAGCUGGAGGAGCCCAAUGAACUUCCAGUUGAAGACCAUCUCCUCCUCUAUAGUCGCUGGCGGAAGAAUGGACUCAGUGUUUGCCUGCUGGAUGCUGCCAGCGGCAUGGUUCGAUCGCAGCUUUUACGGCCACCCUCAGGCCCUGCUGGCCAGUUUUUCGCAGAUCGAGACAUGGGUGCUGUUUCUGUUUCGCUGAGCUUUGACAUCAUAUGUGGCUGCGGCGUGGCUCCACGAGGCUUGCAGCCUCCACCCGUUGUGGUCUGGGAUUUGUCAACUGGACUUGUGCUGCAACAGUUCUGCCAUCAUGCUGUUCAGCCAGAUGCUUCAGCGGUCCUUCCAGCAACGCCUCUUGAGCCAGUGGGCGGUGGGUAUCGUUUCAGUGUUGGAAAUAACGUGGAAUGCUUCACGAGCGAGGGGUGGCAGCCAGGACGUGUCAUUGAGCAGAACUAUCGGGAAACCGAUUGGCCAGUUGGUGUCAGCGCACCUUACCAAGUCCGACUCACAGGUGACACUCCGGCAUUGAUCUAUGUCCCGCAAGAUCUGCCACGCCUCAUCCGCCCAAUCGGCAACAGGCAGGCUUACGAAUCUGGUGAGGUCGACAUUCAGAUUGCAAUGCACCCGACACGACGCUGCAUCAUGCUAGGCCUUUGGCAGAAGUCUCGAGGACGCGUGCAUUGCCUUGAAGUUGUGCCUUAG